AUGCCAGACUCCUUCUUUGCCACCUCCAAGAACCGCAAACGCAAGCGGUCCGGCACAAAGGAUGCCGGCCCAUCGUCCUCGAAAAAGCCUGCACGAGGAGUGAAGGGAAAGGGCCGGAAACACGACAUCAACGGAACCGCAAGCAAGAAGCGUGCAGCAGCAGACGAGGAGCUCUCAGAUGAGACGCAGGACGAUGGCGACCGAGAGGCCAUUGAUGACAUGGAUCUACGGGCUCCGGAUGUGGACCCGAACGCGUACGAGAGCGGAGAGGAGGACGAGGACGAGACGCCUGCACAGAAGAGGCUAAGGCUCGCGAAACUUUACCUGGAUAGCGUGAAGCAGGGCUUGUCAUUAGCUGAUGGCGAGUUCGACGCGGCUGAGAUCGACCGCGAGCUCAUCUCUGCGCGACUCAAACAAGAUGUGAUGGAACACUCCGGGAAAGUGCAUUUGUUCGUCGCAGAUAGCUUUGACCUAACACACUCCCCAUCCCUACGCACAAAACGUGCCCACCGCUUCUCCGUGACCGCCGCCGUUGCGUCGGAAGACGGCCGCUGGCUCUUCACCUCCGGCAAAGAGGGCGCCAUCAUAAAAUGGGACCUCCACACCGGCAAGCAAGUGCAUGCGUACCACAAAAUCCGCGUCGAGAACAAGGGCAAAGGCAAAGGCAAGUCGCGCGCCCCGCCUGGAGAGAUCGCGGGACACACGGACGAAGUAUGGGCGCUCGCGGUGAGCCCGGACGGGAAGUACCUCGCAAGUGGCGGGAAGGACAGGCGCGUCGGCGUGUGGGACGUCGAAAAGGAUGAGUGGGUGAAGGGCUUUGGCGGCCACCGGGAUUGCAUAUCGGCCCUCGCGUUUCGCAGAGCGCAGCCAUCGUUACAGAUCCCCACGCAGCUCUACUCAGGGUCGUACGACCGGACGCUCAAGCUGUUUGACCUGUCGACUAUGGGCUACGUCGAAACGCUAUUCGGCCACCAAGCUCCCAUCCUCUCUAUCGACGCGCUCCGGGGUGAGACGGCGGUGAGCUGUGGGGGACGGGACAAGACAGUGCGGUACUGGAAGGUCCCGGAGGAGACGCAGCUGGUGUUCCGAGGCGGGGGCGGGAGUACGUGGCAUGAUGACCUGGACGGGAUGAUGGAUGAGGACGCAGAGGAAGAUGGUGGCGCCGGGGUCAGGAAAAAGGCUGGGAAGGCCAUCGACUCGACGAUGGAGAAGUUUGUGGAGGGGAGCAUGGAGUGCGUAGCCUUGAUUGACGAGACGACUUUCGUCAGUGGCGGCGAUAGCGGGUCCAUAAGCCUAUGGUCGACUCAGCGGAAGAAGCCCGUUUUUACGCGGGCGCUCGCACACGGAAUGGAUCUGUCACAGGUCGAGGCAGAGGACAUCAAGACGAUCCGGAAACCUCGUUGGAUCACUGCGCUCGGCAGUCUGCGCUACUCAGACCUGUUUGCAUCAGGUUCAUGGAAUGGCGAGAUCCGACUAUGGAAGCUCGACGCGAAGCUGAAGUCGUUCUCGCUUGUCGGGUCGCUCCUCGCUCUCGGUGUGGUGAACUCGCUGCAGUUCAUCUCGCCACCACAGGCC